GAAAAAAGAAAAUGGUACAUAAGCCAAGGCUGAAAGCAGCAGACUGAAGGAUGCUGUUCUGCAAGUUUAGAGGCCCACCAUGUAAACUUUGCUUUCAAGCAACUGAAAGCUAACAAGUAAUAACAACCAUCAUGAAAAUGCCAAAAAUCUAACAUGGAUUAUCCCACCAACUGAAAAACCAAUCCAAAACCGUGACUUAUUCAGCCACUCACACAGUCUCUCACAUAUGAUAAUUAAUAGGAAAGUCCUAUAAUUGAUCCGUUUCUCCAGUUCCUUGAAGAAGAGAGCACAUGGGUUCUUCUCAAGCUUCCUCGAUUUUCCAAAUAAUGAUUUUGCUGCUACUGGUGCUUUGGAAUCUGGGUUUUGCUAUAGCAGCAAGAGCAAUUUAUCCAUUAUCAGACGAGUAUGUAUCAGCAAUAGGAGACCCGGGAAUGAAGAGUCCAAAUGUGAGAGUGGCAUUAGAAGCUUGGAAUUUCUGUAAUGAAGUUGGCUUUGAAGCUCCUCACAUGGGCAGUCCCAGAUUGGCUGAUUGUGCUGAUUUGUCUUGCCCAUCAAUCUCUGAUUGUCUGAGUCGCAACUUCUUUGAUAGUCUAAGCAAGUGUGAAGUGCAUCAUAAAGUGAAUGACUCAGAUAACAGCUUAGGAGCUGGUGACAAGUUUCCUACAGCAGAUUUUGAAUCAUAUGAAGACCCUGACAUGUUUGCUGUGCAAAAGGAGCUAUAUCUUGCUUCUCUGUGUGAGGUACAUGAAUCUCCAAAACCAUGGCAGUUUUGGAUGAUUAUGCUAAAAAAUGGGAACUUUGAUAAAAACACUACGCUUUGUCCUGAAAAUGGCAAGAAAGUCACUAAAAUAAUAACAAGCAGAAACUUCCCAUGUUUUGGUAAAGGAUGUAUGAAUCAACCACUUAUUUACCAUAAUUACUCGCGUUUAGUCUUUGAUGGGGACAAAGCUGCAUCUUUGACUGGAGGAUACUUUGGGACAUACGACCUCGAUGCUGACUUGAGCAAAGGUGUGGGAAGGAACUCCUAUUUUUCAGUCAUCUGGCAGAAAAAUUUGAGCACAGGGAGUUGGAUUUUCUCACACAGACUAACAACAUCUGCAAAAUAUCCUUGGCUUAUGUUGUACCUGCGUUCAGAUGCAACAGAAGGAUUUAAUGGUGGCUAUCACUAUAAUGGCAGCGGUAUUAUGAGAAAGUUGCCUGAGUCUCCAAAUUUUAAGGUGAAAUUGACACUAAAUGUUACACGUGGAGGAGGGGGCAACAGCCAAUUUUAUCUCCUUGAUAUAGGAAGCUGUUGGAAGAACAAUGGAGAUCCUUGUAAUGGUGAUGCUCUGACAGAUGUGACUAGAUACAGUGAGAUGAUAAUUAACCCAGCAACUACAAGCUGGUGUCGUCCAGAUAACUUAGUGUCCUGCCCUCCUUACCAUGUUAGUCCUACUGGUGAAAUAAUUUACAGAAAUGAGACAUCUCGGUUUCCAUAUUCUGCUUACCAUCUCUAUUGCAGUCCUGGAAAUGCCAAGUACCUGGAGAAACCAUAUGAUAUCUGUGACCCAUAUAGUAAUCCACAAGCACAAGAAUUGGUACAAAUUCUACCACAUCCUGAAUGGGCUGUGCAUGGCUAUCCUGAAAAGCAAGGAGAUGGAUGGAUUGGCAACCCUAGGACCUGGGAGCUUGAUGUUGGGGCCCUCUCUAGUCGUUUGCACUUCUAUCAGGAUCCGGGAACAAAACCUGCGAGGCGCGUAUGGACUUCAAUUAAUGUCGGAACGGAAAUUUACGUCAGCCGGACAGGGGAAACUGCUGAGUGGACAGUAAGUGAUUUUGAUGUGUUGGUUCCAGAAGAUGAUACUCAUGCUGGUCACAGCUCUUACUAGUUCCUUGCUUGCCAGUAUGUUCAUUUUCAUGUGGCAAAAAGCAUCAAGUGAAGGGCACUCAUAGUGUGUGUGUAUAUAUAGUCAUGUAACGGCUUUGUUAUUGAUUAUGAGAAUUGAGGAAUAUCAUAAGAUUUUAAUUUGAAAUUUAAUAAGCACCCAAUCAUUCUGUUAAUCCCAUCUUAUGUACAGAUAGUAUUGAAAUGAAAAUCACAUUGUAAAAAGCUGAGUUUGAAA